GUGUGACAGGGGAGAGUGUGAAACAGUUGAGCACAUGACGCUGGAAUGUGAGAAGUAUGAGCGAGUAAGAAUGGAGAUGAUGAGAAUAAUCCUUCCUGAAAUGGGCUGUGAGAUGAAAGAAGUGGUUGAAAGGACAGGGAGAGAAUGAAUGUUGCUGCAGCUGGGGCUGUGUGGGGAGACGACUGAGAGGGGGAUUGUGGCAGUGAGUUCCUAGAGAGAAUGUGGUGUGUUAGGAGUAGGGAGUAGAAUGUAUGAUGGGUACUGUUUGUUUAGGUGUUAUUUUUUUUACAGGUGUUGCCGUUACAAAGGCCUGACGUGGAAGAUAUCCCAAGUCACCUGUAAGAUCAAGAUCAGGCACUGCGUUAUGGGAGACACGAGGCCUCCGUGCUCUGCCAAGUCUAGGAGCAGACUGGCCAAGCCGGGCCACGCAUGCGCAGAUGGGAGGCAGCGGUUUUCACGCGCAACUGUUAUUCACGCUACACCUGCCAGCAGUGUUGCCAGAUUGUCAGAAAUUUCUGGAGAUCUUCUGAAAUUUUGACAUUUUGUCAGAAUUUAAGAAAUUACUGUAAAAUCUUCUGAAAUUUGAACGAAUUGUCAGAAAUUCUCCAGAUUUUUUGCAAGUUAUUGUCCGGGUGUCCGCCCAAACUUGACCGCCAUCGUCUCGUACCUCAAGGUUACCGAUGAGACGAUAAGACCCAACGAUAUAAUCUAGGAUAGACAACCUAAUUUGGACCCUAGGGGCUGUGUGAUCUGGUUUUCUAUGUAAUUCUAAUGUAAUUCGCCGCCAUCUGUCAACAGCGUUGCCUCAGGCGAAGCACUCGGACACAGCCAGACGCCAGCCCAGUGACGUCACGGCAGUCGGCGUCCCCUACUCAUACGACGCAUCCAUGCACUUCCAAAUUGGUGAUAGUGAUCUGAAUAGUCAAACAUGAGUUCCCAAGGCACAUCUGCAGGUGCAAGCGAGCCUAGUACAAGUACCAAAAAGAAAAGAUACCACCAAAAGUACAGCUCUGCAUGGGAAGUUGAACCCGAGUUUCACGGAUGGCUUAAAGCAAGUUCUAAAGGAUCCUCUUAUUAUUUUUGCUCUGCAUGUAAUAUUGAAGAAAUGCUGGUAGACUAGAUAUACGGAAGCAUGCUAUGGGAAAAAAACAUGUUCAAAACUGCAAAAUGUUAUCAAGGCAGGUUUCUGUUUUAGAUAUGCCUUCUGUUAGCAGCAAACAGAUUAUGGGUAAGCAGGUCAAAGAGGGUGAAGUAAGACUGGCAUCAUUUAUAUGUGAACAUGAUAUACCCAUCAGGGUUGUAGAGCACAUGCCUCAGCUGUUACAAACAAUAUGCCCAGAUUCACAGAUAGCUAAACAAAUUAAAUGUGGUAGAACAAAACUAACAUCACUGAUCAACAAUGUGACUGGGAGAGAGAGCAGUAAGCAGUUGAUAACACAUUUGCAGAGCUCUAAGUUCUCUCUUAUUGUGGAUGAAAGCACAGAUAAGGGGUGUAUUAAGCAUCUAUGCAUGGUGGCACGGACUUUAGUAGAUGAUGAGGUAAAGGACUGUUUUCUCGGCUUGAUUCAGUUGGAGGAUGCAACAGCUAUAGCACUGUACAAUAAUGUGGUUAGUUUUUUCAGAGAUAAUCAAAUUGAUUAUAAGCAAAAUAUGAUUGGAUUUGCUGCUGAUGGGGCAAAUGCAAUGCUAGGGGCACACAAUUCUCUUUCUUCACGUUUGAAAAAUGAUGUAGAUGGACUGUUUAUCAUGAAAUGUAUUUGCCACACUUUUGCAUUAUGUGCCUCUUAUGCCUGUUUGAAAUUGCCAAGAAGUAUAGAGGACCUAGCACGUGACAUUUUCAGUUUUAUUCAGUGCAGUCCUAAGAGAAUUGGGUCAUUGAAAGAGUUUCAGGCUUUUGUAAAUGUCAAACCACAUAAACUCUUGCAUCCAAGCCAGACUCGUUGGUUGUCACUGCAUAUGGUUGUUUCCAGACUAUUAGAGCAAUAUGAUGCACUAACCCUCUACUUCACUGAAGCUGCUUUCACAGAAAGUCUACAUGCUUGUCAGAACAUUCUUGAGAAACUAAAACAUCCAUUAACCAAACUGUAUUUCCUCUUUUUAGACUUUGUAUUGCCCUACUUUAAUUCCCUAAAUAAGCUCAUGCAGUCAGAGUGGCUGGCACUUCGCACCAUAAGCAUGAAGAUUGCUGGGAUGAAUUCUGAAGUGACAGACUGA